AUGUACACAGCCGGUGAAACCAUUUCUGGAUACAUUCUCUUACAUGUAUCUGGUGUCUUCUCAGUAGAAAGUAUUACCCUUACUAUUGAUAAAGAAUCGGCUAUUCAUGUAGAAGAAGCCCAAGAAAACCUAACUACUAGUGAAAAAGCUCUUCGUCAUCUAGGUAAGUUUGUGAUUUACAAAGGGAGUGCUACUAAAGUUGAAGCUGGCAUUCAUAAGUUUCCUUUCCAGUUCAAAAUGAUGCCCGGUGAAGGAGCUACUAUUGACUACCGUAAAGUCAUUCAGGGUAAACGUAUCUUUGUUUUUAACAAGUACAUUUCUCGUUGUGAAGUACGUAUCUACGGUAUCUUUAAACCCGUCUCAGAAGCCCAGAAAGAAAUCAAUCUAGUCGAACCCCCACGUUCAGCCAAACGCCAAAGCACGCACCAUGAAGCUAUGACCGGCUGUUUCUGUUUCCGUAAACCCGUUGCUUCACUCUACCUGGAUAUGGAUGCCCUUUUAUACGCCGGACAAAGACACCAAAUCAAAAUCAGCACCGAUCAUGCCAGUCCUAUCCAGCACCUAGAAGCCGUCCUAGAAAUGUCUAUCAAAACCUUCUCCUCACCACCUACUCAAGUCACUUUCCCAGUCAAAAUCAUCCAAACUGAAACAGGUCUUUUUAUUGAACUAGAUCCACUCCUUCCCUCAGAAACCUCCAAAAACGAUUUCUUCACUAUCUCCUACCAACUGAUUUUUACUAUUUCCUUAAAAGGAAAUGGUAAUUUUUAUAUAACAAAAUCCUUAUCAAUCAGAAAUAGUAGAGCCCAUGGAGAUUAUCAACCACCAAUUCUACCCGAAAGUGCAAUCUACCCCGAGAAACACUUAUCUCUACACUGCUAG